UUUAAGACGAGCAAAUACGGGAAAUUGUAUAGUUUCCGAUCGGUUUCUGUUAAAGAAGGUUGAAACGAUGAAGUUACUCCGAUAUGUCUCGUUAGUCUCGUUGUUGGUGGUUUUGGCAUUUGUCAAAGCAGACGAGGAAUUUUAUUCUGACAAGUACGAUUACGUAGAUCCCAAGGAAAUCGUCGAAAAUGAUCGUUUAAGGGACCAGUAUUACAAUUGUUUCAUGGACACUGGACCUUGUGUUACUCCGGACGCUGCCUUUUUCAAGUCGAAUUUACCUGAGGCAGUCAUAACUAAAUGCAAGAAAUGUACGGAAAAACAAAAGAAUAACUUUGAGUUUAUGGCUGUCUGGUAUAGCGAUAAUCGUCCAGAUGAAUGGAAUGCUUUGAUUAAAAAGUUCAUGGAAGAUGCAAAGAAAAUAAACUUAGAAUCUUCCAAAUAUAGUCGUGAAAUCAGCAUACACGUAUAUGCUGCAGGUAUAAAUACGGAAGACAGUACUCUUAAAGUAUUCAGAUUCAAUCCAGACAUCUCUCGUGAAUGCUGUAGCAAAAACGUUUUAAUAGAAAAAAUGGCGCGUUAUUUAUGGAUACUAUCAAUCGUAAUACUAUUCGCAACGAUUUUCUCAGUGCGCGCAAAUGACAGCACAUACACAACGAAAUACGACAAUAUCAACGUGGAUGAAAUAUUAAAGACAUCUCGACUACGCAAUCAAUAUAUCGAUUGUUAUUUAGGAAAUUCACCUUGUGUGACGCCAGAAGCGAAGUUCUUGAAAGAUGUGCUACCAGAAGUUUUGGUGACCAAAUGCAGUAAGUGUUCGGACAAGCAGAAAAUCAUUUUCGACAAGGUAAUUACUUGGUUCGAGGAAAACGAUAAGGAAACUUGGAAUACCAUAUUGACAAAAUCUAUCAAUGAACAUAUAAAUGUCAGAAAUCAAAGAUCCUAGAUGAAAUUCAUUAAAGAUCUAAAAAGGGUCAAAGGUAUUUGAUUAAAUUGUAUAAUAAAUUGUUAUAUAAAAUUUGUAUAGAUU